ACUCUUGCUGCUGAGGAGCCCGCGGUCUUCUGCAAGGCGGGAGUGAAAAGCGCUCGGGUUUCAGCCGUGUGGAAUCUGCACAUUUUUAAAAAGGAAAGAACAAAAGGGUGUGGAAGCUUUUGCCAGGAAAUGCCAAGGUAUGAGUUUCUCCACAUGGGAAACCUAAAAAGAGUCUGAAGAGAGACGCGCCACCUCUUGCUGUGAUGAUGAAAACAUCAGAAAGAAAGGAGGGCAACGGGUCUGUCGCAGACACUGGCGAAGAAGAGACGAAGACCCCGCUAGGCCAGGCUGGUGUUCUGUGGAACUGCUGCUCCCCUCCAGGCAUCAGUAUCCUUGAGAAGCUCAUCAAAACAUGCCCAGCUUGGCUUCCACUGAACAUCUCUCAGGAAAGGGCUGCUGAGCUACUCUGCAAGGAACCAUCGGGGAUAUUCAUUGUUAGGAAAGAUGAGAACCUGAAAAACCUCUUUCUCUCGGUUCGUUUCCCAGCCCAGGCGGAGGCUUCUGAAGUGCUGGAAUACAAGAUUAAAGAAGAAAAAUCAUUACUGCACCUGGAAGGAUCUCUUCUAGUGUUUGAAGACGUCUUCAAACUGGUUGCUUUCUACUGUGUUAGUAGAGAUUUGCUUCCCUUCACGCUAAGACUGCCUCAAGCAAUAUUGGAAGCCAAAACUUUGACAGACCUGGAAGCUAUCUCCAGCCUGGGGAUAGGUUUCUGGGAUUCCACUUUAAAUCAGAAGCGAGGGGGAAGGCUUUCCCACUCCGUGAAAGGUUCUGCUUUUGCCACUGUCCAGGGGAAAAAAAUUAAAAAAUCCAAGCAGUGUUUUGCAAGCAACACGAACAAUUGUUCAUGUGAAAUUGAGCUGUCAGUCGGAAGUGACAGGCUGUGGUUUGUGAAUCCUAUUUUUAUAGAAGAGAGAAGCAAUCCAUUUCCCCUGAAUGUGCCUCCUCAAGAGAGCUGCAGGGAGUCUCUUUCUUUGGCUCCAGACAUUGUGACAAGACCCAUCAAAAAGACUCCCAGCCGUCCCCCUCCACCCCCGCCCCUGCUGCCACCUUCACAUGCUCCAAAGCCACCUGAGAAGUCUCCUGUGACCAUUUCUGAAGAGGACCACCUUCAAGUUCAGGAAGAAAAGGAAAUGAAAACAGAGGUCAGUAAAGAAAAAGAAAGUGAUGGGGAAGGGCCCUUCUCUCCUAGUGGCCAUUUGUCCACCAAGAAAAGUGGCCCCCCUCCAUUCAUUCCACCAAGGAGGUGCAUGUCUGAAAGACCUUUGGGGAAAGCUUGUGCUGAUAAAUCUGAAAAAUGUACCAUGCCAGGGAAGGAACUGGCAGGAAAACAGAGUGAUGGGACUAAAGCACAUGUUAAUAAUGUUCCGUGUACUGAAGCUCCACAGGAGACUACAGAGAAAAGCCCCUCAGACUGUAAAGAAGCAACACCUGAUACAGACCCCAAGACAAAGCAGGCUGAACUUCAGAGGAAGCCUUCAGAGAAGCCAUUGGUGCCCCCCGUCCCUCCUCCGAGGAAGAAGAGGGUCUCUAGACUGCCAUCGUCGGCCAGCUCUUGCCAUUCCAAACAAAUAAGCAUUGACGAGUCAGAAGUGCCUAUGCCACAAGAGGACACACAGCCAGAAAAGAAAAACUGCUUGGAUGCAAAAAGGAAAUCAAGGUUUGACUGUAAGCUUGUCCGUUUAUCAGAUCGCGAAGGCUCGCGUGACUCUCUAGACUGCCCAGUAAGCAAUGCAUCAGCACAAACUUCUGCCUCUGAGCCAGAUUCCUAUUCCACCAGCAGCACAGAGGAUGAACUAGAGCACGUCACCAGUCCCUCUGUCAAGAAGACCCGUUCCUUGCUCUUAGGCCGGGCCAGGCGCCGCCUGUCCAUGGUCAGCUUGAGUAAUGUCUUCACAGCUUUUCUGUCUGCUGACCGAAAGCUGCAGAAGAAGAUUGUGGAGUUGGCCCAGGACAAGGACUCAUACUUUGGCAAUUUGGUACAGGACUACAAAGUGUACAGUCUGGAGAUGAUGGCAAGGCAGAGCUCCAGCACGGAGAUGCUGCAAGAGAUCCGCUUAAUGAUGACGCAGCUGAAGAGCUACUUAAUACAAAGCACGGAGCUGAAAUCUCUGAUGGACCAGGUGGUUUACACUGAUGACCAACUCGAGGUGAUUAUCGAAUCCGCUCUGCACAAGUGCGUCUUGAAACCUUUAAAAGAGGCCAUCGAUACCUACUUAAGGGAAAUCCACAACAAGGACGGAUCCUUUAAGUUCCUGAAGGAGAACCAGCAAGUCAUUCAGAACACAACUACUACUGACUUGGGAGUCACCACUAGUGUACCUGAAACACCAUUGUUGGAGAAAAUUCUGCAAAAAUUCACCAACAUGCACAAGGCUUACUCACCAGAGAAAAAGAUUUCCAUCCUCCUGAAGUCUUGCAAACUCAUCUAUGAAUCCAUGGCCCAGGGAAAUCCAGGAAAGCCUUAUGGAGCAGAUGACUUCCUCCCAGUGCUCAUGUACGUCCUGGCGCGCAGUGACCUGACCGAGAUGCUUCUGAAUGUGGAGUAUAUGAUGGAACUCAUGGACCCUGCACUGCAGCUUGGUGAAGGCUCUUAUUAUUUAAUCACUACUUAUGGGGCAGUGGAGCUGAUCAAAAGUUACGAUAAGAUCACAGUCACCCGGCAGCUGAGCACUGAGGUUCAAGACUCCAUCCACCGCUGGGAAAGGCGGAGAACUCUGAACAAAGCCCGGGCCUCACGGUCAUCUGUGCAGGACUUCAUCACAAUCUCGCUUUCGGAAGUAAAUGCCACACCACGGACACUGGCCUAUCGGACUGAUGCAACAGUUGAACAGCUGACUCAACAAUGUGCUGAGAAGUUCGAGGUCUCAGAGCCUCAGGACUAUGGCUUGUUUGUCCAAGUGGACAAUAAGAGCCUGCGGCUUGCCAAAGAUGCCCUCGCUCACCGUAUCAAAUCACACCUUCUGAACAAAGACCCCAAGGCAACGUUCCACUUUAUUUAUAAGCAGAUAGACAGCCAAGAGACACCUGAUCCCAUUAUCAAGGAACCAGAUGAUCUAUCAUUGUGAAGUUGCAUGGUUAUAGCAGUCUCACUUGAAAGAUUGCAAUGUUUUUGCCUUACUCUGACCUCUGUAGGUGUCAGAAGCACAUCGAAAUAGUCUGAACAUUGGGAGGGGACAGCAUACACCUGUCUUCCACUGGAACAUUUUUGGUCGGCAGAAUUCUUUUGCAUCAGGAAAUGGAAUAUUCCAAUCAACUGUUACUCUUGGGGAAACUUGAAUCAUUUUACAGUGCAGUCCUAGGCAGAAUUACACCCUUCUUAGCCCAUUGGGUUUAGAAGGGUGCAGCUUGGUUUAGGAUGGUGCUGCUAGAACCAUGAAACCUGCUUGUGAUGUCCAGCCCAGCUCAUCACAUAGGUGGAUGAUGGAGCCCUUCUGGCCAGUUGCCUUGUUAACGCUGUUAUUGUGAUGUACGCUGGUAGUUCAGUGUUGUUCCAGUUUGCGCUGGGACUAAGUAGAUAGGUUCAAAGGUAUCAGCACGACAGCAGCAUCUCAAACCACAGAGCAUCAAAUCCACAAUAUUCUCAGAGAGGGCUGAAGAGAUUUGCAAUGCAAUUCUAUGCAGUCAAAGUCCAGUGAUUUCAGUGGGCUUAGACUGGACUAAUUCUCCUUAGGAUCUCAUGGUUUGGCAUCUCACAGGCGGAAGAUCUGAAUGGCGCUCUUUGUGGGUGGUAAAAACAAAAUAAUAAAUGGAAUCAGCCAAUUUUCUACCUGAUUUUGAUGAUGCAUCCUAAUCCAUCAUCUAGGGCGGGUCUGACUUGUCCCAUUUUGAUGGUAAGGUUGAGCCUGGAUGUUAUGGAAGACCUGAUUCGCAGCCAGACUUCUCAUGCUGCGUUGUGCCUCUUUCCUCCUGUCCUUUGCAAAGUCUAAUUGAGCACAGGGUGUGACAUGAUGUCGUUGUGCUGUGCAUUUCCCUGCCCCUCCCUCACUUAAUUGGCUGGUAGGAUGAGAGCAGUGCACAGCAGGUUGUCAUCCUACAUUGCAUGCCAUUAGAUGUGGCAAAAAGAUACCUAAAGGGACACACAACACUUGGUCUGUGUCCUUUGCCUCUCAGGGUAUACAAAACCUGGCACAUAUGCCAAACGGCAGCACGCCAGGCCAUUUUGCACAGCACACGUGGACCAGGGCGAGGUCCUGAAGUGCCAGAAGCACUGCUGGGCCCGGCAGCAUGGGCAGAGGAAGCAGGAAUGUCCAUCAUUCCCUCCUGGGUCCAAAGCAAGCCCCUCUGUUGCCGGUGAUAUCCAGGCAGUUGCGACCCUCAUAUCUUCUCCCCACCCCAUUUGUUGACACUCCAGUGUCUUCUCAGAUAGAAGCUGCAUUUUUUUGUUCAGCAUUUGAGUCAAAAAGUUGCCUACCCCGAUCUAGUUGAAGACAACAUGCAGUUUCAUUGUACUGCACCAAGCUGUGCCCUCAACAACAGAUCACCAGUUUUUAAGCCAUGUCUGGAAUACAGAAAUCAGAGCCAGGUUACAUGAUGUGACAGAAAACGUUUUCAUUCGAAGUGCAAACGUUUCCUUCUUUACAAGAGUGAUGCCUGCCAGUUUAAUGGGAGGCAGUUUUACAGCUAUGCUCUGCUUCUGUGGUCCUGAGAAUGGGGCCGUUGGGCACCCACUGAUGUUUCCUGGGGACCCGUGCUGCUUCCCCAAAGCAAAGAGCCAGGCCUGGCUUUGCUCAAGUGUCUACAGCUGCUAAGUAGAGCAAGAAGGGGAAAAUGGCAGCCAGAAUAGGUGUCAGGACAAUGCCAUGACAAUGCUGAGGUGCCAUUUCCAGGUUUGCACUAAAAGUGAUGUUGCUGUGAUGUUGCAUGUCCUCCCCCCCUGCCACAACUCUGCCCCAUCAUAUUUGGUUAUGGCACACACACACCACUAUCUGUUCUUAAAAUUCCAAAAGUGCCCAUGAAUUUGACAACAUCGGGCACCCUUGUUCUCCUGCACAGAGGAAAGGAGGAAGGCAUGCUAAGGUACAGAAAGAUGACCCAAAAAAGUUGAGUAAGAGGAAAGGUGGCAAGAAGGUUACCAACAGAAGAGCCACGUACCGUAUGUACCAGAAAUUUCCAUAACCGUGGAAGCUAAACGCGUUGUUUUAUUAUUGCAAAGGAAAAUGCCUUGGUGUUGAAUAUGGCCUAGAGUUUGUGAGUUGUUACCACUGAGUUAAAGGGUGCCGGUUCUUCCCGCACUUGGUUUCUCAGCAGCUCAGCCUGUCUGCAUAAAAUCAUUCUGGGCAGUGGCACAAAGCUCAGUUAGCCCAGCCAGAUGGGUGACAGAAAGGCCCUUGUGGGUUGGCAUGUAAUGACAGCUGCCAUGUGUACUUAUAGUUCCAGUUCAUACAGCCUGGCGGCAUGCAGUAGGACCCCUGAAAGCCAUUUUGCGCAUUACAUUUGGCUGGUGUUUUUUUAAUUGUCAGUCCUUCCCUGCCCUCUUCUCUGCCUGUGAUUGUCAAAAGGCAACCCAGAGUGUUUAUUGGCAACAAGGCUCCCAGUUCACUGCAUGUGUGAUGCAGCUUUUCUGAUCAUGCUCCACAAAAGCUUACUGGGUGACCCAGUCACUUUCAGCCUGACCUACCUUGAAGGGCGGUUUUUGUGCGAAUGAAAUGGAGGAGGAAAGAAUGAUGGUCACUUUGUCAAUUGGGGAGAGAAGCAGGGUAUAAAUAAUCUAAAAUAAAAUCAUGGAAUUUUUAGCAGCUUAACUCAGUGGGUGUUUGUUCACUGAUGUGAAGGGGGGGAGCAAAUAAAAUGCCCAGUGUAAUUGGUAAAUCUCUCAUAAAACACAAAAAAGUAAUACUAACUUUCUUAAGCAAAGAGAUUCUCUCAAGUGUUUGAAAGCAUCCAUUGCUUCCAAACAGUGGCCGUUCAGUCUAGCUUAAGUAACUGCCCCAGAACACACAUAUACUCAUAGUCAAUCCUGUAGAUAUUCCACAUUUGUUCAAGGAACAAGUGUUUUUAGAGAGCUUGAAAUCUACCCGAGAUUUAGAAUAAUAAUACCUAAUUUAGACCAGUUUGUUGAUGUCUCGAGUAAAGGGCCUUUUCUUUCACUGGAGAUGAUAAACAUCUCCCGGUAAUGCAUUUUCCCCCACUUCAAGCUUUAAAUAUAUGUCAUCUCCAUCUUAGAUAUACCAGAAGAUUUUAUCAAAUCUGUGCUGCAAGAGCUCAUCUUUAAAUGUAUUUAUUUCUGUGUGUUGUAUUAUAUAUUUGGUUAUGUCUAGCUCAUGGAAGCAGCACAAAUGGACACAUGCUCUGUGCAACAACUUCAGACGAGUCCUGAAUAGCUCGAAUAAAAGAACUCGGGGUCACAGGAUGACCUUUAAGCCAUCUGCUUUCUUUUUGCACCAGCCUUUGGAAGGGAUUUUUCUCGUAGUGUCUGCUGUAUAUAGAGACCUCCUUGUGAUGCUGCGUUAUUUUUAAUGUUAUAACAGGAAGCCAUGUUGUUGCACAGGGAAUGGUUAAUGUUCCUCCCAGUAAAUCUGCUUCUGUUCUUGA